UUUGCCAGUUUCGGUCGAACCCGCGGCACGAGUGGACGUGUCGCCCUCUAUCAGCCAUUCCGCUGAAACUCUCCACCUAUUUCCGAUCCAAAUGUGCUUUUGAAUGAGACUGUACCAAAAUUUAUGAGACAAAAUGUGCAACGCGCUGUGUUUCGCCCUAAUCGCGCUGUCUGUAAACCUAGUGAAAUCAUGGGACAUCGCUGUCACAUCUGGAGACCAGCUCGAGUUCUACACAGGCUCCAACAAAACCGGGUCUGAGAGCGGCCGUCUCCGGGACCUCACCGCCCUCGCCUACGACGCCGUCCACAACAUGCUGCUCUUCGUCGACAAGCAGAACGACAACGCCUCCAUCUUCAGCUACAACCUCGCCACCAAGAAAUACCAACCCCUCGUCCGAAAGGGCCCCACCGAAAAUAUCCAGGGCCUCGCCUUCGAUCCAGUACAGAACCUUCUUUUCUGGACAGACUUCCAAAAGAGAAGCAUUUACUGGAUCGAUCUGAAACCCGGAUCCAAAAACAGCGACUACGGAAACCUCCUCAUCAAUCUAGGUGACCAACUUCCAAGAGCUAUUGCCGUAGAUAGUUGUAGAGGUUACAUAUACUGGACCAACACUAACGUAGCAUCCGGCGCGUCCAUCGAGCGAGCUCGUUUUGAUGGAUCAGAAAGAAAAACGAUCAUAUCUACAAACAUUCAUUUGCCAACCAGCAUAUUUGUGGACCAACAGACGCAAAGAAUUUACUGGGCCGAUGACAAAGAGGGCAUUCACUAUUCGAUCGAGAGCUCAGAUUUGGACGGAACGCCGGAAAGCAGACGGACUCUACACAGCGGCACGGAACAUCAGCCAAAUGCGUUAACCGUCUCUAACGACAGUCUGUACUGGGUUGACUGGGGUUUCAGGAAAGUGUGGAAAUUGCCAAAGAAUGCUCGUCAGAACACAGAACCGGAAGACUUGAUUGAUUUCAAGACCACUCCUUUUGGAAUUGUCGCGAACUACUUAGUAUCGGAUCAGGCUGCCGGGGUUCCUGAAUGUAGCAAUUUGCUUCGUCUAUCGCAGAAUACUUCGGCUAUCGACAACUCGUUUGCCGUCCCGCAGGACGCGGGGUUUUCUGCCUGCACGGCCGCAAGGUCGAGGGGCAGGAAGGCGUGUACGUGCUCUCCGGGUUAUGUCGGGGAUCGAUGCGAGACCUCCGUUUGUCAGAACUUCUGCUUCCAAGGAGAAUGCACGUUUGACGCGAAUCAUGGGGAACCCACUUGCAGGUGUCAAAAAGGCUUCACAGGAGCGCGGUGCGAGGUGGACAUGUGCGAAGGCUUCUGCCUGAACAACGGCAUCUGUUCUGUGGAGACCAACUCUCCCGUCUGUACGUGCAUUGGGGAUCACACUGGCCCCCGUUGUGAGAAGACCGUGGAGACUCCACGAAUGGGUCCUGUUAAUGAGGCUUGCAAUUGCACCAAAAACAAUAGGACCCCAAAGUCGUCACUAUCAGAAGUCACCGACGAGUUUGUGAUCCCAUGCAACGAAGGCUGGGACUCUGUGCGAGACCCUAUCCUCAUGGUUCUGGGGAUCUUAUGUGGUCUUCUGUGCCUGGUCUGCGCUGUGCUGAUUACGAAGAUCCUGCAUUUGAAGAAGCGGCCGAGAAUAAAGAAGCGCAUCAUAGUGAAUAAGAAUGUGACGCCGCUGACAGCGCGCCCUGACCAGUGCGAGAUUACUAUUGAGAACUGCUGUAACAUGAAUAUCUGCGAAACUCCGUGCUUCGAGCCCAGAAGCACGAUACGGCCAACUUUACUCGACGCAAAACCCGGCAAGGAAGAAAAGAGGAACUUAAUCGCUAAUAUGGAGCAUCCGGACGACUUCUAAAUUCAAUUUGCUUAUCAUUGAUAGGUUAUCAACACUAGGAGGCGCCAGGUUUAAUUUUUUUACAAAAUUCAAACUUAUACCCAGAAAUUUAUUAUUGCUUGAGGCAAAAAAAAUUGUAUGCGGAUUCCAUCAUGCCACUGUUUCUAGCCGCCGCGCCUCGUAGUGUUUUUUACACCAUCUAACCGUAUUCUAUUUCUGAAAUUGAAGACUCGAGAGUAGAGUUUUGGUUGUGAAUUAUGGCAGCGUUAUACCGUUCCUAAUAGAUAGAUACUCCAUUGUCUAUUAAUUUCAGAAAAGAGACAGUUUAGAUACAGUAAGUAAAGCUACAGUAGGAAAGUGGCAAGAAUCAGGCCACCUUUUUUCAUGGAGAUACCAAAAUACUCCGAUAAUAUAAGUACUUCUAUAUAAGUAGGAGUUAUAGUUCCAAAAAUGACAGGUAAAAAUCAAAUGGCGCCUCCUAGGUAUAUCAAAAUGGAUGAUGUUUUUGGCGGA